CAAAACUGUCAAACAUUUGUCAUUUUGUCAUGGAAUCGUCAAUUGAACGGAAUGGAAUAGCGAGGUGAAAAAUAAAGUGCGUAAUUGUUUAUAAGCAACGCUUGAAACAUAUCAAUAUGCAAAUUCUUUAAACACUUUAUCAGUGUCAUGUCGAUUUCCGCGUCUUGUUUGCCUCGCUAGCCUAGUUUAAUUGUAUUUUAGUCAUAAGUCCACCUGUUAUCAUUUCAUAGAUUAUUAUUUUUAUCUUCAGUUGUGUUAAUAUAUUUUUAUAAUGUAUCCACGAUGUGGUAGUAAUGGUUCAAUCCAAAAUAUCCACCAGACACCGUCGUCUUCUAACCAGAACACAGAGGAUGAAGAUGACAGUGGAGACAACAAGGCAUCUGCACUGAGUUUUAAGGAAAGAAGGAGAGAGGCUCAUACUCAGGCUGAACAGAAAAGAAGAGAUGCCAUUAAAAAGGGCUAUGAUUCCCUUCAGGAGUUGGUGCCAACUUGCCAGCAAACUGAUGCAUCAGGAUACAAACCAAGCAAAGCAGCCGUACUUCAAAAAUCUAUAGACUACAUCCAAUACUUACUGCAGCAGAGGCGAAGGCAGGAAGAUGAGCGGAAUGCGUUGCGCAAAGACGUAGUGGCGUUGCGCAUAAUGCAGGCUAACUACGAGCAAAUCGUGAAGGCGCAACAUUCGGUACCAGGGCACAAUGAACAAAGACUUACUGACCAAGAUAAGUUUAAAGUGUUCCAGGGUAUAAUGGACAAGUUGUUCGAGUCAUUCGAGUCGGUGCCGACAAAUAACUUUGCGGAGUUUUCGGCGGGAGUGUUCAACUGGCUUGAAGAGUACUGUAAGCCUCAGUCCCUGAGAACCAUGGUUCACGGCGUGUUGAGGGAACAAAGUUAUACGCCAUAAAUACAUUACAUACAUUCAUACAUAUUAUUUGUCUUGUUUAAAGUAAAUAGUUAUGUAAAAUGACACGGUACUACUAAUUAAACUUCGAUAUGAUUGACAUGAUUGUUAUAUAAAAUUUUAUUGCUUUGAUCUUUUUUGAUGGUUGUAAUUUUUUUAAAUAGGUUGUUUGAAAUCUCAAUCAUGUUUUUUAAACCUUAUAGGUAAAUUGUUAAUUUAAAUAUUUAGUCGAAGUUUUACUAGUAGUUUCUGGAUUGCUCUGUUUUACCUAAUAUAGAUUACAUACAGUUUAAUAUUUAUCUGCCAAAUAUACAUAAGCAGAUAUAAGCGAUAGAGCGAGUGAUAACGUCGUAAUAAUAUGUUCAUGUGAUAAGAAAACUCGUAUCUUUACUCCUAUUACAUAUUCGUUCAAUGUUAUUCAAUUUGCACAAAUAAGACGUAUAUUAUUAUUAUAUGUUUACUGUUAUUGGAAUUUAUAUCUAUUAAUUAGAUAAUUUAAAUAUAUACUAUAAUUAGUAUGAAAUUUUACUAUGUUGUUUGGAAAAGUGUAUAUGAAUUUAAUAUAUGGACAUGUAUUUUAGUAGAGAUGUGCCGACUGUGACUGGCUGACGACCCAAUUUUGGUUGUAAAAGAUACGUCUAAUCAUGCCUAUCGAUUAUAUCGAUUAUAGUCAUUGGUCAAUUUCUAUAACGUUUUCUUACUUGUUUGUCGUUUGCAACUCAUCCGUGUUAUUUUAGCCACAAUGAGAAGCGAAACAUAUCUUCUCAUUUUCCUGAUCUUAUCUUAAGUACUUCUUAGAUAAAUAAGUUACUAGUUAGAGUUGUGCAACAUAUCUAUCUCUUCAUUUUGUUGUCAGAUUUUAUCGUAUCAUAACUAUGACAUUCACACUAUACGCAACUUUUAUGCCUGCCAUUACAUGUACGUUUAACCAACUCAUCGCUGACUACCAAAAUCACCGAAUAAUCGGUAUUAUCGACUAGUCGGCACAUCUCUCAUUUUUACGUUCCAAUAGUCUAUUUAUUUCUUAUAAGAAAUUUAAAAAGUUAUUUUUGAAGAUCGUGCUUGUCAUGUAAGCUUUGUGAUAAAAAGAUGUUCGCCAGAAUUUGUUCAAGAAUACGAAUGUCAAUAACUGAUAGUGCCUUCAACAGUUUGCUGUUUUCAAUUUAAAAUAAACACAUGUUUCGUUA